AUGAAGGAAAUAGUUUUUUUUAUUUUGCCAGUGGGUAUAUUUUUAUCUGUUUGUUUAUUAAGCGGGGUAGUGAUGUUUCAACAAUUUGCCAUAUACAUUCAAAAAAAAAGUAUUAAUUUUGAAAUAUAUUCAUACAAAAUAAGCAUUUCAAUAUCAUCACUAAUAUCAUUAUAUUCUUUAGUUCGUUUUUCAUUCACUCUGUUUGAAUUAAAAAAUUUUAAUGAUGAAAAUGCAGAUUAUUUGAAUCCACCAAACUUUCGAAAUUCAUACUUAAAAAAAAUAAGAUUACAAAGGAACUUUUGGAUUUUAUUAUUAUGCACAAUAAUCUGGAUAUUUUUUAUUCGUUUUACUUAUUUGCUUGGAUAUUAUCGAGGGUGUGUAAAAAAAAUUAAUGACGAAUUUGAAAAAAAUUUAGAAGCAAAAAGAGAUUCCCAAGGUAUACAAAAAAAACUAUCACAAACAUCGCUAACUACUGAAAAUAAAACAACCAAUGAAAAUAUAUUAGACGAUCUUAAUAAGGAUAAAAAAGGAAAUACCAUAAGAAAACGACACUGA